AUGUUUCUGGCAAAGGCGAUCCUGGAAGGGGCAGAUCGGGGUCUUGGGGGGGCUCUCGGAGGCCUUCUUGGAGGAGGUACUCAGGGAAGAGGAGGCGGAGGCAACAUCGGAGGGAUCAUUGGAGGAAUUGUCAAUUUUAUCAGCGAGGCUGCUGCUGCUCAGUAUACCCCCGAGCCGCCUCCCCCGCAGCAGCGGCAUUUUACCACUGUGGAGGCCUCGGAAAGUGAGGAAGUCAGGCGGUUUCGGCAACAGUUUGCACAACUGGCUGGGCCCGACAUGGAGGUGGGUGCCAAGGACCUGAUGAAUAUUCUCAACAAAGUCCUUUCCAAGCACAAGGAUCUGAAGACCGAUGGCUUCAGCCUUGACACCUGCAGGAGCAUUGUGUCGGUCAUGGACAGUGACACGACAGGGAAGCUGGGCUUUGAGGAGUUUAAGUACCUGUGGAACAACAUCAAGAAGUGGCAGUGUGUUUUUAAGCAGUAUGACAGCGACCAUUCUGGCUCUCUCCGAAGCUCCCAGCUGCGCAGUGCUGUGCAGGCUGCAGGCUUCCAGCUAAAUGAGCAGCUUUACCUAAUGAUUGUCCGUCGGUAUGCUGAUGAGGAUGGCAGUAUGGAUUUCAACAACUUCAUCUGCUGCCUGGUCCGUCUGGAUGCCAUGUUUCGCGCUUUCAAGUCUCUGGAUCGUGAUGCGGACGGCCUGAUUCAGGUGUCCAUCCGAGAAUGGCUGCAGCUGACCAUGUAUUCCUGA